UCUUAGCUUUUCGGACUUCACACUGUUGCAUGCUCUAGCAAGAACUAACAUGAAAGUGCUGACGUAAUAGUUGUGGAGCAGUCGAGGAAGCUACUGAUGCAAGAAAAGUAACGAACGUGUUGCAGAAAUAGAGAACAGCAAUAGAGCAAUCAGUUCAUCCAUCGCCAGCAAAUACGUGUAUUGGUCUUCAUCCUUCAUGCAGCAGCCGGCCAGGGUUCUGAUUGUUGAGGCGCUCCCCCCGUGGUGGUCCAACACCAAAAUGGUGGUCUGUAACGCUCUGGAUAACUUCCUGUCUUUGGCCUGCAGUCUGGAAGGACCAUGUCGGAUUCCUCUGCUGAGCUUGUAUGCUGUCAGCAGACAGCAGGAAUGCUUGCUUCCUUUUGUGAGAGUUCGGGGGAACUUUGCAAGGCUAAAUUCAUGUGUGGAGGAUCUCAGGUCUAUUCCCGUGGAAGGCUGCAUCAGAGGGGUUGCCCGGGGAGCUGAGAUGCUGGCACAGGCCGUUCUGGACAGCCUGCAGCAGUUUAAGCAGUAUGCCCGGCACACUGGAGCUGGAAACCAAACCAAGAGCUGCCUGACUGUGGAGGUGACAGUGCUGACCAGUCAGGCCGGGCGAGACCUUGUGCAACUUUUAGUAGCAGGUCUUAAAGAUGCAGAUCUGGUGCCACUUAAACGUCUUACGGUUGUUCAGCUGGUCGCAGACACUGAUUGGAGUCAAGACUCGCCUGAAGCUCUUCACACUGAGAAUGAAGGCAGCCUGAUGUUGGCGACAGAGGUGGACCUGCAGCAAGUGAACAGCACCAUAGUUGCUGUGGAAACAGCACUGAAGGGAUGGCUUCAUGAGCAGGGGGGCAACGUGGAGCACCUUCACCUUCUUCUUCCAAACACAUUCAACAGUCCUGCUCCAGUGUGUAUUAAGUGUGAUAGGCAGGAGCGCCUGAUCAGCCCUGCCCUCAUCCCCGUGACCCUAAACCUUGGUGUGAAGACAGAGAGUCUGCGUGACUUUAUGUCCGACUCUAAAUUGCCAGCUCAUCAGAGUCAAACACCGCAGAAGAUGACCGUGAUAAAGUCUCUGCGUGCAAGCACUCUCUGUGAGAGUGUGAUGUACGGUCUGCCACUAGUGGUCCGGCCCACCAGCUGCUGGCAGCUGGACUGGGAUGAGUUGGAGACCAACCACAACUUGUUUCAUGCUCUUUGCCAGACUCUAUUGAGUCAAGACUUGUUCCUGCUGCUGCAAGUGGAACCAUCACAGAUGUCGACAUCUGUAGGUCUGUAUUCUCACUACGUCCUGCAAGCCUCACCAACUCUCACCCUUCUGCUGAAGCCAGUGGCCUCCAGAGAAUUGCUUCUGCCCUGCCCACUAGUGGUUCCGACCCAAGACCCGACUGCUGAAGCUACACAGACCAUAAUGGAAAGUCUGUCUCGGUUGGACCAGGAGGCGUUGUUUAACCCUCUAACUCUGAGCAAUAAUCUCUACCAACAUUUGAGAAGCCUGCGGCUGACACCUCAACCACGAUACCCAUACAGACUCCAGUCACCCGUUCGCAGGUCACAGCCACACGAGGGCGCCAGAGCUGCAGGCCUCAGACAGCAGCGUCAGCACAACCAGACACGUCACACAGGGCUGAACAACAAAAUUCAAGCGACUGUAGCUCCUUAUUCACCAUCCUCUUGCUACCCCUCCCACCUCGGCCCACCUCCAGCCAAGGUGUCCCGUCCAUCACUGAGGCUUUUGACCAGGAGCCGCAGCAAUGAAAGCCCCCACGCAGCACUUUGUCCUGUGGAAAGCCACAAAGAUGAGUCACUGAGUUGAACGUGUUGUGUGCAUACUUGUUGUAGUGUUACUGUGGUACCAUGUUCGGAUGGGCCUUCCAUGAAACACAGCAGAGGAGUCACACACCAAAACACAUAAUAAAAUUUAUAAGAAGCAUCAUACAGUUGAGACUCAAACGCUGCCUUUAGAGAGUAACAGCAGACGUUUGAUUCUUCAAGCGAAGGGCACUAGCCGCACUCUUUAACAAGCAGCCAUGUCAGCAGGUGUCAGUGUCGGUUACAUUGCUGAGGCUGCAAAACUUCCCCUGAAAAGAUAAAAACAAAGGAAAUAGCAGGACAAUAGGAGAGCAAGAUUAAUAAAACACCCCCUAAAGGGAGACAUUAGAUUAUACAAACAGGAAGUUAAACUCCAAAUUACCAAACGCACAGGCUGCCUGCAGCCCCAGCUUUCAUCUGAGCACAGAACUGGAGUCUGAUGAGACACAAGUACCAGACAGAGCAGCCUCUCUGCUCUGCUCCCCCCCACACAUGGCUCCUUCUUUGGGGGCUGUGAGUGGAGCCAUUAAUAUCGGGAACAAUGACUCAAUUUUAUGAAAAGAUGUGUCAGGUCUAUGCAAAGAGUGCUCACAUGUAAUCUAUAUGAAGACAUGCAUGAAUUUGUGCUUCCUCAAUGCAGAGGUUGUUAAACACUCCCGCCAUUUCUCCCCCUCGCAGCGCCUUCGUACGUCCAGAUGCCUCGAUCACGCUGUGAUGUCAUAAGACUUACAUGUUCAUGGAUCCCCACCACAAUGGUUCUAUUGUCUUGAAAUGUGAGGGAACCUCGAAAAUGCCCAGCUGACAUUUUACCUACUUCCCUCCUUCUGUCCCUGCAGCGCUUUUUUCCUAUCAGCUUUCGUUCGAUUUGAGUCAGUGUGUGUUAUUAAUUCGUUUCAGUCGGUUCAGUAAAGGUCAUCAGUGAAUUCAAAUGUUCAUCUGUGUUCACAUUUUCCAGCAGGUCACAAUGUUGUUAUUAAAUAUUUCUCUUGUUUAAUAAUGUGUAUGUGGACUUUUUUAGUCACCUUUUUUAGCUGACUUCUGAAAUUCUGAAAAUAUGGUCUACACAUUUUUUUAAAAUCCAUUUUAAUCACGAUUUAGUCAUUGUGAGUUUAGAAUGGUGGCUUCCCGAGCAGUGACCCAUUUGUUUCACUCUAGACAGUCAGUCCUCGCCUCCUCUUUCCUCCAUCAGUGAUUUCAUUAGUUGGCGUCAAAUCGGACCUCGUGUUUGACCUGAGUUUCCCGGUGUGCUAAAUAUUUUGCAUGUCACUGGGCGCAGGAUAAUAUCUCCACACUGACUUCCUGCUUCAUGCUGGCUGUUUGGUUUCCUCCUGCACUGCAGGACAGAAAACAACUGUCCGACUGACCAACACGCUGCUUCCUUCCUGUGACUGUACAGGUCACACUCAAGACACACACGCAGAUCUAGGUGACUCGUGCAUGUGUGUCAGAAAUCAAGUGUCUAGACUGCUAAUCUUGUCUCGUGCAGACUGUGGUUGGAAUCUCAACAAUAGAUCUACCUCUUGUUCCAACAGCUUUUACUAUGUCCCAGUCAGUGGGGCUUCUGCUGUUCUCCUGUGAGCCACAGUCACAAGCUUUGCACAUCUGCUACACACAUCACAGAUCAUGCUGAUGUAGUCUUUCUUUUGUUUUAUCUCCCACUUCCACAUCCUCUAAUUCUUGCAGGCUCUUGGUAUCAGUCUUGAGUUUUUUAAGAACUUCCCACUGCAGAUACAAUUGUUCUGCCACUCUCUUCUUAUGACAAAUAUUUGACUGCGGCCCACAUACUGUGCCGCUUCUACAGCCACACUUGUCCUGUUCCUUUGCUGCUGGCCAAACUGUUGGAGCUACUUCAAUCUCUUACUUCUACUGCAUAUUCUCACAAAUACUAGUGACCUGUCUAUUGUCUGGGCUGAAUAUUCUAUUUUGAAGUACAAGGAGGUAAAAUAACCUAAAUAUCUGUAUCACUAUUUGUGAAAAUGUGUCACAUUUUGAUGCCUUGCGAGGCAACAAAAAGUUGUUUCUUUCUGAAUGCUUGGAUGGGAUUAUUUACUUUUUUUAAUUUAUCU